AUGUACGCCUGCUCUGGUCUCGGCGGGUACAGUGCGUCUUCGGCCAUGACAGGCAACGCUGGCACAUAUUCGCUCCCUCCGGCACGCUCUGAAGGACCCCGCUCGGAAGGCUUCAACUAUUGUCCAGGUCAGACCUUGAAGAUGACGGCACAACUCCAGCUCGGAGAGCCGGCCCAGCUCCAGCUAGGGGAGCCUCUGAACUGGAGUGCCCCGGCUGGUUCGCAGGAUGUCCUUCCGCCCCCUGGUCUCUCAGCACCAGCAGUGACAUCAGAGAUGCCACCUAGUUUGAAGAAGAGCACACGGAAGGGCAACUACGUGCCUCCCUCGGAACGGCCGCCUAAGAACAAGGUCAUCCGCCCCCCUGUCGAACAAGAGGUGAUGACCCAAGAGGCAGACAGCCGCUCUGAGCCCGACGUGCCGCACAGCAGUUCUGCAAGUACUGCUGACACGGAGCCUGCAGGAGGACUUCUCAUGGCGGGACCGGUGCUGAACCCUGCUGAGGUGCCAACGCGUGGCUCAGCAGGACAUGGCCUUGGAGCUUGCAAGCCUUGCGCCUUCGUGUACAAGGAUGGAUGCCAAAGUGGCUUCGAGUGCCAAUUCUGCCAUAUCUGCCCGCCAGGCGAGAAGAUCCGUCGUAAAAAGGAGCUGAAACAGCGCCGCAAGUUGAACAAGACUACAAAGCAGUAG